AGCAAGUCUAGGCAAAGAAGUCGUGGGUGGGGGCUUCGUACUCGCAUUGUGAGGAAUCAUGAGUGGUGGGGGGUUGUUUGGUUGCUGGUGACUGGGCUAGCCACAGGAAGCCUCGAUGCUUAAUAAUCCAACCAAAAGAAGUCUCGCUAGUCAAAUUCGGGAUUCAUUUUUCGGGGGAACCCAAUCCCAGAAAUAAUCAUCUCAUCCCCCCCACUAAAGCAGCCCGACGACAUCUGGAGCACCCCCCGAGACAACAAUGUCUACCAACAUCGGAAGGACUUCCUUGGCCUACAGUCGGUCAUGGCAUCUCGUCGAUAUGGGCCAUGACCAGCGAUCCUUCGGUCGUAUUGCGACGUCAAUCGCUACGACGCUCAUGGGAAAGCAUAAACCAACCUAUGAUCCAAGUACGGAUUGCGGAGACUAUGUGGUGGCAGUUGGGUGCGCCUAUCUUAAGACCACCGGUGACAAGCGGAUGAAAAAGAAAUAUUACUCGCAUUCAACAAGACCCGGUCACCUCCAGGAAAUCACGAUGGAUAGAAUGAUGAAAAAGUUCGGGGGUGCGGAGGUGCUGCGUAGGGCCGUCUCCGGUAUGCUUCCGAAGAACCGGUUAAGAGAAGUUCGGUUGGGGAGAUUAAGAGCUUUCGAGGGGUUCGGUCAUCCAUACAAGGAAAACUUGGUUAGAUUGGGUGGUAAACACUAUGUGAAGCCCCGGCCUGCGGCAGGAUAUCCAUCAAAGACACCAGUACAGGACACUAUCAAUAUGGAACAGUCGAAACCUGAAGCCCUGGUAUCAUAA